AUGACGAUGAUGAUGACGAAGAUGAUGAAUCCUGAUGCCAGCAACUGCCAGAUGCUGUUCACCAGCAACUUCCAGGAUCCCUACAACCUGGCGCCACCGCCUCUGGGAGUGCAUCCCACCACCAGCAUGAACUUCAUUAAAGCUCAUGCCGAGAAGACCGGCAUCAAAAUCGAUUCUGAUCACGGAACCACCACCGUCGGUAUGCACUACCAGAGCGGCAUUAUCCUGGCCGCCGAUUCCCGUACCACCUCAGGCUCGUAUAUUAGCUCGCAAUCGGCGAAGAAGAUCGUCGAGAUCGGGGACUCCAUGCUGGCGACAAUGGCCGGAGUAAGCGCCGACGGUGCCUACUGGUUGCGGGUCCUGAGGCGGGAGUGCCGCCUCUACGAGUUGCGCCACAAGGAGUCGAUGUCGGCGACCGCCGCCAGCAAAAUUCUCUUCAAUAUUUGUUACAAGCACCGUAGAGACGGCCUGGAAAUGUCCAUCCUGCUGGCCGGACCCGGGCGGGUCAAGGACGAGCUAGAGCUGUACUACGUCGACUCGGACGUUUUGCGCCAAAAGGGAAAGCUAUUUAGUAUAGGCAGUGGAUCAGAUUCAGCCUAUGGGUUGCUGGACUCUGAAUACGAAUGGGAGUUGGAGGACGAGGCGGCCCACGAGAUGGUGCAACGAGCUCUCUAUUAUGCUGCCAUGAAAGACGCCUAUACAGGCGGCUCAGUUGUAGUCCAUCUGGUGACACCGAAAGGUUGUACAAAAAUGUCCAAUACGGACUUGGCGGAGCUGCACGAGAAGUACCAGUAUCUUCUAAAUGGCGAAGAAGAUACCGAUUCUGAUCCAUUACCUGCUCCUUCUCAAUAG